GAAAGUUGGUAUUUUUUGUAGUGAAAAAUCUACUUCCAGAAAUCUACAACGCAACAUUUCGUUCUAUGAGGUUAGAGAAAUGCAUUGGGUUCUUCCGCUUUUACAUGGGAAAUGCAUUGGGUUCUUCCGCUUUUACAUGGAAAAUGAGUAAGCUCACGCGUGCCGAAUGUCUAGUUUAAUCGGCUUCCAAAGUGCAGCAGAUUAGACACGUAAACAGUGUUCUUCUUCCGUGUCAACUACAAUACUACAAGUGUGAGUUGUAAUCAACAGUUUAACCGACAGUCUGCUUUAUAAUUGUAUCAGGCAGGCAUAGAAUAAAAGAUCUCGAACGAUGAAAAUUAACAAAUAUCAGAAAGACGAAUUAUGCCAAGGCGAUACUUAAAUUUUCUUGUCGACAAUAUAUGAUACACACUUCAUACUCCGUACAGGAAGAUACACCGGUAUUUUAUUUUGUGGACUUCAGUAUCAACACCCUGCAGCAGACGGCUUCCUCAGCCAAUGGGACGCACGAAUGUUUCUGUGACGUCGGCAGACAGUGCAGACAGGUAGUAGUCGUGUUAGUUCACGGUAUUAGGUAGGACGUGUGGACUACUGAUAUGGUGUUUGCGCUUAAAUGGUGAAUUAUUCUAGUAUUUUAAGAAAUUUUAUGUUAAACUUAUUGUUACGAAAAGAACACGCCAAGUUUUUACAUUAUGAUGUUGUGGUGUCGGUAAAGUAAACUUGAUCUUUGUUCUUGUAAAGUUCUUCAGAAAAAUACCUGCCAGGUGGUUCUGCCUCCGCGCGCUCGUCUGUAGAAAGAGUCCCCAAAGCGUGGUAAGUUGAGGUGUAGCAACAUAGGGGGGAUUUCUGAACCCUGCGGCAACGUUUAAAGGAAGCCAAGCAAGGAAAGACGUUGGGUACCCUUUCUUGAAGCCAUUGAACUGACCUUAUUCAGGCACAGUUUGUGUACAAGAGAACUAAGUAGUAAGUGUAGAAGUUUGAUCAUAAGUUCACUAGUCUCUUUGGUGAUGAUUAUGAGUUAGAAAAGUGUAGGAAAGGGACACAAGGUAAUGGCUCUUCCAAACAAACCGUUUUCUCCUUCAAAUGUGAAACGGAAAUUAAAGUUCUGGAACAAAAAAUCUGUGCUAAUCACUGAAUAUGAUCCCACAUAUAAAGUAAUUUACUUAGGAAACGUCCUCACACAAUGGGCUAAAGGAGAGAGUUGUGUAGAUAAACCGCUGGCGACUUUGUGGAAAAAUUAUUGUUCCAAUGUUAAACAUGAAAUCACUAUGAAAGUUACAGUGUGUAAUUCAGGUAUCAAAGCAGUGACAAAGGAGCACGGGCUUACAGAGUAUUGGGCCAACAGAAUAACGUUCUGUACCCAUCAUCCUCAGUAUCCACGGAUAUUUUGCUGGGUGUAUCGGCACGAGGGCCGACGGAUGAAGCAGGAACUACGUUGUCACGCUGUUCUGUGUGGUAAAGAGGAGAAAGCUCAAACAAUGGCUGUUCAGCUAAACCAGAAACUUUCGGCAGCACUCCAAGAAUUUCGACGAGAAAAAAUCAGUCGACAGAAGGCGAGACUCUCAUUGGCUAACUCGAUCGUCGAACAUCCAAGUCUUCCAAGGCGGAAACAACUGCUAAUUACAGGAACUGUGAAUUUUAGACCUCCAAUGGAACGUUCCAGGAGUGCUCCCAAAUUAACGUCCAUCGACGAAAUUGAGGAAGAGCUAGACGAAGAUGACGACGACUUUGAAGAUAUAGAGGAAUAUCUGAAUGGCUCGAUGGUAUCUGAACAAGAAUCAACAUCUGACAUUGUACCAGAUGAUAUAGAUUCACUUUCUGAUCAGUACGUUGUUCUAGGUAGAGAGAGUGAUUCUCUGGAUUCAGACUCUGUAGAAGAACUACCCAAUCCUCGCCUUCUUAAACCGCUCAACUCCAUAGAUGAAGAAACUGACAAUAUAUCUGAUGAGUCAGGUUAUUCAGAAGAGAAAGAAUAUAUUUCAAGAAUGUAGCCCAGAUGUUCUGCUUCCAGAACUUGGACAACGUUUCUGGAAAAAAAAAACUAACAAAAAAACCAAAAUUUAAAAUAAUGUUUAAUUAAAUGAAUAUGUAAAUAUAUGUAAAAUUAAAGCUAGUGACGUCAUCACAGAACUGGAUAAAUAAUUGUGUUAUUUGUCUCGGCUUUCGUUCUUGCGAACAUUUGCAGGUAUGUAUGAGUUUUAAAUAGUUAUUUUUAAGGCAGUUCUUGGCGUAUUUUAUUCAUUGCGCUGUCAUAUGUUGCAGGAGUUAUUUCAGAUUUAAAUCAGGUAUUACACAAUACUUAAAUUUGUUUAUGUUGCGCAAGACUAAGGCGCCAAAGUAAGAUGGAAGCGACACCUAGAAAGUGUCGUACUAGUAAACCCAACACAUAUAGUUUUAGUAUUUGUAAAGUGCACCUUUUAAUUUUUACCGAGCAAUAAAAUAAUUUGUUUUUAGUUUGUAAUGUUCUAUAAUAAAUUAACUUCGCAGAUAUUAUUCCCCAUCUCAAACUUUCCCCAAUCCCCAUUAAUUAUAUAUAUAUAGAACGUAGCAAACAAAUUUCUGAUCUACUUAUUUGUUCCUUUGAUUUUUCAACUCCAGUACUUUAACUUGUUAAAUAUAAAGCUCAAGACGUGGAAGAUUAAGCAUAUAGAAUAUUGAAAACAGAAUUAUCUACCCAGAAAACAAACAUUUAAUUUUUACUUGAAUUAUAUUAUUUUUCCAUUAUCGCUCAUGUAACAAAACUUACAUUUAACAAGAUGUUCCAAAACUGUCAUAAAGUCAAAAUUACCAGUCUUUACCGUUAGGCUUAAUGAUAAUUAUCACAGUUACUUUGGAGCUUCUUAUCACACCUUGAAAUGUUAUUAAAUCUUACGAACGCAUAAGGUAAGACUACUAUUACUAAAACUAUAAAAAAGGCCAUUGCUUUUGAAAACUAAAUUUCACACAGGAAAAUCUUGUAAGUCCAAGAGAUUUUUAUAGAAAUAAUAUUUCUGCACAUAGUUUACUUAAUUUAUUUAGUCACCAACUGAAAAUAUUAUGGUUGUGUUUUUAAAUUUUCAUAACGUCUAGGACUUUUUUGUUCGGAUGAGUGAAGUAAUUCGGGUUAUAGUAGGAUUCCUAUGUCAAUGUUUAACGAUUAUGCGAUGCUUGAUACCCCACUACUAAAGGUAUUAUUACUUGUUAGACAAUGAUCGCUUGAUACCCCCACUACUAAAGAUCCUAUUACUUGUUAGACAAUGAUCGCUUGAUACCCCCAUACUAAAGGUCCUAUUACUUGUUAGACAAUGAUCGCUUGAUACCCCCACUACUAAAGGUCCUAUUACUUGUUAGACAAUGAUCGCUUGAUACCCCCACUACUAAAGGCAUUAUUACUUGUUAGACAAUGAUCGCUUGAUACCCCCACUACUAAAGGCACUAUUACUUGUUAGACAAUGGUCGCUUGAUAUCCCCAUUACUAAAAGCACUCUUGUUAGGCAAUGAUCACUGCUAUGACACGAAAAAUGUCUUAUUUAUAUUAAAAGUUUACCUGAGGUGAUUUAAACAUCAAAAUUAGUUAUUUCCUGUUAGUUAAUAUUUAAGUUUGAGGUUAGCUGUGACAGAACUCAAACUUUAACAGCACCUUUCAAAACUUUUUUGUGUAAAUUCCUCGACGUUAUUGUUUUUUAGAAUUUCAAAAAAAAAUUCCAAUGUUGAAGAUUAUUUUGGGUAUUUAUGUGAUUAGCUCAUGUAGAAUUUGACACUUCAUAAAUAAAUAAAUAAGUACAACACACGUGGAAAAUUAAAACAUAAUUUAACAUUGUUUUUAUACGCUAUAUCUCAGUUUUAUGUUUUAAUUAACUUAUCUGUUUGAUUUUAACGUUUAUAUAAUUGCCGGAAGGUAGUGUAAGGGUUAUUUUUUUAUCAUUGUGGAUGAUAUUGUAAUAAUGCGAAAACAAACUGAUGUAACCUCGACUGCAAUGUUGUAUUAUAUUGUUUAUGUGUAAAUAUAAACGUUGAUAUUUGAA